GAGUCCACAUGUGGUUCAGAUCCGUGAAGCUGCUCGAUCUUCACACUCCAACAGACCACUGGACUUUUUCUUUUUUUUUUUCCUUCCCUCAUACCAGACGAAGGGGCGGAAACGACACAUUUCACUGACUGUACUCAAACUAGCGGCUCUGAAAUUUCACAACAAAUCGGGACGAACAGCGACGUUUUUUUUCUUUACUGUCACGCUGCGAGGCGAAGGCUUGUGUGUCGUUUUUAUUUCGGUUCGGGUGGAAGUUUAAAACAAAUUAUAAGUCAUCGGAACCCGCUGGUCCCCAGGUCUACCUGAUGAGUAUGAGCCUGACUACAGAACCCCCUAACGAUGCUCCCACUGUUACAGAAGCAGAGCCUAAGAUGGCUUCGCCUGAGAAGAAGGACAAGAAACCAGAUGAUGUGCCAGAGGAAGAGGAGGAGGAGGAAGAAUACGUGGUAGAAAAGGUUCUGAAUCGGCGGGUGGUGAAAGGGAGAGUAGAGUAUCUUCUCAAGUGGAAGGGAUUCUCUGAGGAAGAUAACACGUGGGAGCCAGAAGACAACCUGGACUGUCCAGAUUUGAUCGCUGAAUUCCUGCAGUCCCAGAAGUUAGCACACGACGGGAAGAGGAAGGCGGCCGGAGAUGCGGAAGGCGAUGAGAGUAAAACAAAAAAGAAAAAAGAUGAUACAGAGAAGCUGAGAGGCUUUGCUCGAGGCCUGGCUCCAGAAAGGAUUAUCGGUGCCACAGAUUCCACAGGAGAACUCAUGUUCCUCAUGAAAUGGAAAAAUUCAGAUGAAGCUGACCUGGUGCCGGCAAAGGAGGCCAACGUGAAGUGUCCGCAGGUGGUCAUCUCUUUCUACGAGGAGAGACUCACCUGGCACUCGUAUCCCACCGAAGACGAGAAAAAAGACGACGCGAAAAACUAACACAGGGCAAAAAAAGGGGGCAGGGGGAGAGAAAGAGUAGUUUUGAAGACCAUUGUACUUUGGACCGGGGGUUUUUGUGGGAUCGGGAGGGGGGACGGAGGCAAGCACGACACCAUGAACUCAUUCGUCUUUUGGUGUAGAUUCACUCAUUAACUCAAAUUUAAUCUGGAAGUAAUGUAACUGUAAAUAUGCUUCAGAUUUGCUCGACAAAAACCAGCCGAACCCAAAUGAAUCGUACAACGCAGUGUUAAUUUUCCACCUCAGUUUUAAGAAAGCCGCUCGGCUCUCUCAGUAUCACAUCCACAACAUUUGGUCCAGUGCUCGGUCAUCUUGCUAUGGCAUCGUAUCAGUGAGGUGAUGUUUACCUUUCAUUCGUGUGCCAUUUUCUUUUUUUUUUUUUUUUUUUUAAACUGGAUUAGUUGGUGCUUUAAAGGGCAAAACUGUUCCUUCAUUUUAGCUGUUUCAGUAGGACUUGUUUGGUGUUUGGUAACGAAGCUUUUUCAGUGAUUAAUUUGCUCAUUGGUAAUCUCUGUAGUGUUUUUCAUUAACAUGUCUUGCUUGUCAGUUUUGGAGAAUAAACCACUUUUUGUUACCGUG